GAGAGCUAGCGUAGGACUCCGCUAUCCACUGAAAAGCCCUCACUACUACGCUCAGGCGCUGUGCUCGGCAGGGACCAAACUACACUUGAAGUUCUCUUAGAAAACUUGAGGAGGAUGCGUGUCUAAACAAACUCAAAAAACAGCGCCGCAGUACGGGAUCACUCACACUUCUACAGCGGCUAAUUGUCACUCCGCGCGUUUCUGGGAAGAGUUUGUAUUGGAUUUCACCUACUCGCUGGAUUUUAGGGACAGUGACAUUACAUUAGAUAAUGAACAAUCGGACGGGACUUCCAAAGGCCAUCGUUCAGUCAAUGUUCACCUCAGGUGACAAGUUGUGGUUGGAUGUGUGGCAGUGUGUCUCCAUGAGUUGAUCUUCAUCGUCCCCCUCCUCCUCCUCCUCCUCCUCCUCCUCCUCCUCCUCUCCCCCUCAGAGGGAUGUCCCUGGCCAGUCUGCUCCUCCUCCUACUGCUCUCAGUCUCCGCAUACACACAGACCUCUGCUGCAAAGUCCCUGAAGAUUUUAAUGGAGCAAUGGAUGAGCUACAAGAACGAGUGUAUCCAGAACACCAUCAGCACUCCACCAGCUACCGGCCUCGUGUGUAACAGGACGUUUGACCAGUAUGUCUGCUGGCCUGAUGGCGUCCCCGGCACCACCGUCAACGUCUCCUGUCCCUGGUACCUCCCCUGGUACCACAAAGUUCGGCAUGGCCUGGUGUUCCGUGUCUGUGGUCCAGAUGGCCAAUGGGCUCCAAAGACCAGCAAGAACACCAGCGAGUGUGAGGAAGACGACCAGUGGUAUGGGCGUAUCCUGCGCAUCUUUAGGACCAUGUACACGGUGGGCUAUUCUCUGUCUCUGGGAGCUCUGGUGCUGGCCCUGGCAAUCCUGGUGGCGUUCAGGAAGUUGCACUGCAUGAGGAACAACAUCCACAUGAACCUGUUUGCGUCGUUCAUCCUGCGGGCUCUGUCAAUCCUGGCCAAGGACGCCCUGCUGGACAGCAUCAACAGCAGCUCGGCCCAGCUCACACACACACACCACACGCAGCGCUGGGCCAACUCACAGAUGGUUGUAGGCUGCCGUGUUGCCGUGGUGAUGAUGCAGUACAGUGUGGUUGCUAAUAACUACUGGCUGCUGGUGGAGGGGCUCUACCUGCACAGCCUGCUGGUCAUCACCGUCUUCUCUGAGAAGAACUACUUCAACAUGUACCUCUGCAUAGGCUGGGGUGCCCCCCUCAUAUUCGUGCUGCCGUGGGUCAUUGUCAAGUACCUGUACGAGGACGAGGAGUGCUGGGAGAGGAACGUGAACAUGGGCUUCUGGUGGAUCAUACGGUCACCCAUUCUAUUUGCUUAUCUGAUUAAUUUCUUCAUUUUCAUCCGCAUCAUAAAGAUCCUGAUGUCAAAGCUCAAGGCGCACCAGAUGCGGUACACCGACUACAAGUUCAGGUUGGCCAAGUCCACUCUGACUCUCAUUCCUCUGCUGGGUAUUCACGCCAUCCUCUUCACCUUCGUCAUCGACGAGUCCGUGCCCAAAGAGUCCCUUCUGCGCCUCAUUCGCCUCUUCUACGACCUGCUCUUCAGCUCGUUCCAGGGUCUGCUGGUGGCCAUAUUGUACUGCUUUGUGAACAAAGAGGUCCAGUCUGAAAUGGUGAAGCGGUGGAAGCGCUGGAAAGCUGGGCAAGGACAUCGAGGAGGAGUACCGCGCCACACGCACAGCCAGACGCCGCACGCCAAGAGCGCCAGCGUCGCCAUGGCCGCUGCCCGGCGUCGACCAGCCCCGCUACGACCCCUGCUGGUGGCGGUGGCGUGUGGUGGCUGGCUGGGCAGCGACCCCCCUGACCCCAGACCCCCCGCCCGACCCUUCGCCCCCCUCCUCGUCCGCCACGCUGCUCCGAGAGGAGAGCCAGCGCCUGGUGGACGCUGCCGCCCACGGGGGCCGCAGGUGGUGGGGAGAGGGAGCGGCGCAGGGUGCAGUUAUCCUCCCCGCCACCAGAGGGCAACAACAGCUACGGGAGCAGCUCGCUGACCGAGGACAUCUGCUUGGAGGAGAGGCCGCACGGGUUUCAUCACCACCACCACCACCACCACAACAACAACGGUGACGUUGACAACAACGGCGACGGCUGAGGACGACCUUCGACAGCAAAAAUACGGAGAGCUACCUCUGAGCUCCGACGCCAAUCAUGACGGGAGCGUCUGCAUAGACCCUCUGGUUACAGCUCCAAGCCUGGCCCCGCCCACCUGUUGAGUGGUGAGAGAGAGAGAGAGAGAGAGAGAGAGAGAGAG